UUACAGAUAAAAUUUAACCCAAUAAACAUGCCCUGUAUACUUAAAAAAAAGAUACUUAGCACAUUGCAUAGUUAAAAUGUCUAAAGAUGAGUACAAAGCCUACAAAAACAAGAAUUUUUUUUUGAAAUAUGUACUUGUUUACAUAAAAGGGAGAACAUUUAUUAUCUCAAUUGCAAUUGCAAGCACAAGAGAACAUUAUGUAUUGACAUAUACUUAACAUGAACAAGCUUUAGCUGGGUCAAACUGCUCAUUCAGGAAACAUCAGCUACAGUAGAGACACGUUUUAUUCAAUUUUAUAUUCUAUUUUUCUGGGGCAUUUUAUUCAUAUUAAGAACGUCAAGUUUGACAGUAUCGAUCUUAGCAGCCGCACUGUCACUUCACAGAACACACGACACGGCAAACUAAUUUUGUAAUUUUUGAAGCGUGUAGAUUACUUUUUGUUUUGCGAAGUUAUCAUCAUGUGGCGAACACAGUAGAUAAGACGUGUUUAGAGGCUUCAAUCUUCGCGAAGUUUCGCGCUCAGGCUCACCUUGUUCGGCUGAGACGGGGACGUGGGUGUGCAGCAGCCGCUGAAUCUGUGUCUACGAGACAUGAUAACCCGUCCCGGAGACAGCAGAGAUGUUAUUAUUGUUGGAUGUAAAUCAUAAUUCAGUAAUUAUUUUACUAAGCUCGCUAGAUAAAAGCAGGUCAUGUAGCAACAAAAAUAAGUUUUGGAAUACAGGAAUAUGGCAAGCUACCUUUCUUUUUGAAAAACUGUGUGACAUACUGUCGACUUUGGCGUUCUCUGUCUUCUCUUGACUUCUUUUCCUUCCGUUUUUGUUUCCCUGACUUUUGAUGUGACGUGUCUGCGUGUGUCACUGUCUGCGGCAAGUCCAAUAAGCAAGAGACGCUACACUAGCGAGCGCAGGUGGAAUGAACCAUUGUGAGAGGGAGCAGGGAGGGUUGUGACCGAAACAGUAAAUACAUUAUUUGUUUUUUAAAUAUUAAAUCUAUGGUCAAAACGGACAAAAUACACAUUUAGUGCACGAGGGGCCCUAGCAUAUUUAAUGUAUGUAUUAAAAAAAGAGAAAAGAAAUAGGAAAAUAAAAAGGGGGUCUGCUCUUCUGGGCCCUAAAUCAGGCUGGGCCCUUAGAAUCGUCCUAACCUUCCACCCCUUUACGGCGCCCAUGCACAGGCCACAAACAAACAAGCGCGAUUUCUUAAUCUGGGAUGCCUGAGGUCAAAUGAUGACGGACAUAUGCCACAAAGUUUAGACAUUUGAGCGCAAAAAAAGUUUUCUGGUUAAAGGAUCAAUUUUACAGACUGUCUCCCAUUGCGCGAUCCCCUACCCGACGGCAGGCCUUUAUAAGAAGUCUUGCUCCGGCAGCUGAGGGAAUGUGGAGGGAAACUAUAAUGAUGAAAAAAGGUCUACUCCAUCCCAAACAGCGGCUUAAUUAAAUACAUGGAAAGAACGAAAGCAGCACAUCUGGUUUCAAUCCGUUUUCCUUUGAUGGCAUCAAGUGCUCUUUUCCCAGAUCUGGAGUUGCAAACUACGGGAUGUAUGUGUCAGUGAGGAGCCUAUUCUUGCCAUUGAAACACAUGGACAUCUUUGUGAAAACCAAACUUAGCCUAUAACUCACCAAGUGGUAAGACAUUACCCCCUUCCCAGCUUUGUUUCAAAGAAAACAAAUACGUUAAAGUAUACGCGUCAGUUAGCAUCUUGAACAAACCUUGACCAAUAAAUGUUGCCUUCGUUCGUAAAGUAGCCUACAACUCUCUUCGACGUCGAUUUUCGUAUACUUUUUAGAAUUUGUGCGUUCUAUUUAUUUCUUGAUGAUAUAUUAAAUUUAAACUCCCAUUUCGAUUCGUAAGGUCACGGGACGAGCAAAUCAACUCGACAGAUACAUCAUUUUAAUAUUUGACGAAGUCUACAAUGCAUCUGUGCCACCGCUGGCAACAUUCUUAGAAUUUCUUUGUCAGUUUUGUUGAGUGAAAUCAUAAUCGUUGAGUGAUAUGUGGGGUUCAGAGAUCGGGGAGGGUUAACAUGAGGAAAGCCCUGAUGAAGGAGGGAGGGGGGCUGUUAAACGUCAAAGACAGCUCAAAGUCUUUUGCCACGUAAUUACGAGAGCCUUUCAGCUUCAUCUUCUCUCCCAGGGGUCUUCAUUUUUCAUUUACAAUCCACUCCACUGCAUGCCAGUGCGCGCAACGUUUGAAGUGCCAGAGCGUGCGUUCCCGUGUAUGCGUGUGCAUGAUUGAACAGAGAACGGCGUGGAGCAGAGGAGAGAGCCAACAGCUUCGGGAAGGCGGUGGAGUGUCCUGCCUCCUCUUGCAUUUAGCCAGCCCGCUUUACGCACAUGCAUCUGUAAGGCAUCAGCACUUCUGGAUUCGCACUCAGUCAACAACUGCGUGGAGCUCGUGGAGUUUUUCCCCUAUGAACCACCGUGCCGAGCAAACUUUUGCAGAUUUUAUUGCUAUGAGUGAAAGGAUUCAACUUAGUUCAUGGACCUCACAGUUGUUUUAAGUUCCACAAAGUUGACUUGAAACGCUUACACCUGGAUUUACGUUAUAGGUAGCUAGAGAACACCAGUCGUCAUCUCGAGUUGCUUUGGAGGCGCUGCUACAUAUGAGUUUUUCUUCAAAUAUAUGCAAGGAGAAUCAGUUUGGUCCACCUAUUACCACAGCGGCGCUUUUUUCUCUUGUUUCGUAUUUGCGUCAUGACUUCUAGCUAUGCACAUGUAAUGGACAGACAAGCAACCAUAUCCAGCAGACUGGAGAGUCCCAUUACAGCCAACCUGGAAAACCUGCAGGCCAAAAAGAACUUCUCGGUAAGCCACCUGUUGGAUCUAGAGGAGGCCAGGGAAAUGGUCGGAUCUCAGAUGGACGAGAGCGUGGGAGACGCGGGCAGGACUACGCUGGAAUCUCCCGGUUUAACAAGUGGCAGUGACACAACGCAGCAAGAGAAUGAGCAUCUAAACUCAGAAGAGAAGAAGAAGAGGAAACAACGAAGGAACAGAACCACGUUCAACAGCAGCCAGCUGCAGGCACUGGAGCGAGUGUUUGAGCGGACACACUACCCUGAUGCCUUCGUAAGAGAGGACCUGGCACGCAGGGUCAACCUCACUGAGGCUAGAGUUCAGGUGUGGUUUCAAAACAGACGGGCAAAGUUUCGACGUAAUGAGCGGGCGAUGCUGGCCAGUAAGAACGCCUCGCUCCUCAAAUCCUACUCGGGAGAGCUGACGGCCGUGGAGCAGCCAAUCGUUCCCCGCCCCGCACCACGUCCCAACGACUACCUUUCCUGGGGGAGUACCGCUCCAUACAGCUGGUACCCAAGGCCGGAGGGAGGGCCAAUGCGAAUGCCACAGAAAAUGCUGCCCACAGAAACGCAAUGGCAACCUACCCACCCACUUGUGCCAACGCCACUUCCGCCCAGGGAAUGAACAUGGCCAACAGCAUCGCCAACCUGAGACUGAAAGCCAAAGAAUACAGCCUCAAUCAGGUGCCCACCAUCAACUAAACCUGAAAAAGAGGGAGAAGACGAGACAGAAAGGAUCUAUGAGAUCUCGGAGGAGCUUAUUUGAGUUUUUUUCGGCCUUCUGCAUUGACAGAACAUAGUGGAUAUGACCUGUCACCCCCUCCCACAACAAUGGAAUUGCAUUGUUGUCCCUUUCAUUUGGCUUUUGGCUUCAUCACAGAUGGAGGUAUGUUUCAAAGAAACCAAAUCUGAUUUUUUACUGAUCUGGAGACUGUAAAGACAGCACUAGGUCUGCUCCCCGGAGAGCGAGUCAAUGAACAGGGCUCCACUAAAUCAGUACGAAGUAGCAGGCAGAGCGUCUGGAUACUGUAAGCUGUUCUUUCUUUGUUCUUUUCUGGCUUCGUUUUGGGUCAACUGGAUGAAAAGUAAAGAAACUUUCAUGGCAAACAAUGAAGGACUGUUGUUCUCAACAGAAUGAUUGAAAUUACACCGGGAGUGUAUGUGCCUAAGUUUAAUGCUGAUAUCUGGCAAAGAAUCACCCCAAAAUGUGCUUGGUUUUUGUGUAUUGGGAAUAAAGACUCAUUUGUGGACUAGUGGGUGACAACUCUUGACAUCAGAUGUUAAAUAGCAUCAGUGCAAAAGGAAGGGCUGAGGUCAAAUUGCAACAUCUUUUAAUGUCAGUUCUGAAAUAUUGCAUCACUGUUUAGGUUAAAUGAUGUUUCCCACAGUGACUCAUGUUUAUUGCUUACAGUGCGUAUCAGUUGUUCUGUAGGUUUCGAGUUGUGUUUUAUUUCUUUUAGACCAAUUUUUCUUUCUUAUAGUUUGAAACCAUAUAGUAAUAAAGCAUUUUCAAGCCAUG